AAUUUAACCACCGACCAAAUUCACAGUUCAACGACCCAAACUGCAAGAGAAGAAAGAAAGAAAAAAAACCAGAGAAUUGGGAUAAAAAAGAAAAGAUAAAUAUCCAGUUUACAGUUACACUAAUCGGGUCAUGAUCCGGCGUUGGUUGAUCUGAGCCACAACCACCCUCCGUCACUCCCCAUUCGGGUGAAACCGGAGAAUGGAUUGCGGCGUUGGAUCCAUCGUAUGGGUUCGCCGGCGAAACGGCUCGUGGUGGCCGGGUCAAAUUAUCGGACCUGAUGAUCACUCCACUUCUCAUCUCACUUCUCCUCCUCGUUCUGGAACUCCUGUUAAGCUUCUCGGCAGAGAAGACGCUAGCGUAGAUUGGUACAAUUUGGAGAAAUCAAAGCGUGUGAAGGCAUUCCGAUGCGGUGAAUUUGAUGAUUAUAUUGAAAAGAUUGAAGCCUCCCAUGAGAUGCCGUUGAAGAAAAGAGAGAAAUAUGCCCGGCGUGAAGAUGCUAUUCUUCAUGCUCUUGAACUUGAGAGGGAAUUGGUGAAAAAGCAAGUGAAAUUAGAUAAUGCUUAUGAUCAGAGAGAUUGUAGACGGUCUAAUUCGGUUAAAAAGGGUGUGGUGGUAGCAUUGCCGGUGGAAACCGAGGGAAAUGAUGAUGAUGAUGAUGAAAAACAUGCAAAUUUGAAAUCGUACAGAUCUUGUGAAAAUGAAAUUGAUGGAGGUUGUUUUCCGUUGGAGGUUGCAAGGGAUGUGGAAGUAGAUCUUUCUAAAGCGACUCCUCUGAUGAGAGGCUUGCAGGAUGUUGGACUCGAAAUUGCCCCAUUGAAAACGAUCCUUUCAUCUCCCGUGGAUUCGCAUGUUUCUCAGAAAAUCUUAAUCAACGAGGGUGUUCGGGCUCUGGCAAGUGAUAGUCUUUGCACGGGAAGAACACUCCAGGCAAAUGGAGCUAGGCAAAUGACAUACCGAACAAAGAGGAGCUGUCCUUUUUAUUUCCCGGCCAAGUCUAAUGAUUUGCUUGAUUACAAAGAGAGACCAGCCCUUCUUGAGAUGCCAUCUCCAAACGGAGGGAAGUUCCCUUAUCACGGUUCUUUGGUUGGAGAGACUGAAUCAACUUUCAUGGAUGAUGCUGAAUCCGGCUCUUCAGAAACAGACUUCACUGAGUCUACUGUUUCUGAUUCAGAUUCUUCUGAGACAGAACCAGACAUGGAUGUAAAGAUGGCUAUACUUGCAGAAACUGGCCGGGAAUUUGAAGAACAUGAAAACACUAGCAGUGAGGAGCCCGAUGAUUUAGCAGUGACCAGCGACAUGCCUCACCUCUAUCCUCGUGAACUGAUAACAUGUCAUGAAGCCGUGUCUAAAUGGCAACUGAAAGGGAAAAGAAAUAAUCGGAAUCUCAUAAAGAGGUCUUAUGGUGCCCCUGACGGAAAAGGUAUUAUAUAUGGAGCAGAAGGGGACUUCGAAGAAGGAAGAACUAAUUUAAGUCACAAGAGUUUGCAUUGCUACGAAAAUGGUUUUAGUGAUGCACUUUAUGAGGAUGAUCAAAUGCUUGAAUUGGAAGAUGAAGACUCUCUCACUCCUAGACCUGUAUCAAAAUUUCAAAAUAAAAUUCAUCGUGGUACUGAUUGGAAUGACUUGACCUGGGAUGAAAAUGUUGCUUCAAAAGAAUAUUGGGAUAUGAAGGAAUAUAAUCCAACAUAUGGUGAUCGUUAUCAUGUUGGUAGGAGGAUGAGGUCGAUGCUGAUUAACGUAGAUGUCAGGGUUCAAGCAGGAUAUCGGAAGGAGCCUGUGCCCAUUAUUUCUCUCAUGAGUAAGUUAGAUGGGAAGGCAAUAAUAGGGCACCCAAUCCAGGUUGAGGUCCUUAAAGAUGGUUCUUCAGAUACUUUCUUUUCUGCAAUUGACGACUUCAGUAAUGAGGGGAUUGGUAUUGAGGGUAGUGUGCUUCCACAAGCAUGGAGGACUGCAAGGAGAACAGCAAAUUUUCGUGUCCCUCGCCCCCAUGUGUUUUUAUCAACUGGUGCCGAAGCUCCUGUUGACUUUCCCUCAUUAGAUCAAGAACAAAACUUUGAUUAUGAAAAACUAAACACUGGAAGUUCCAGUCAUAAUGCAAGCCUUCAAAAGAAGAGCGGCGACAAAAAGUUCUUUGAAAAUGUGCCAAAGAAGUUGAGCUUGUCAUCUAACCAGAAGAUUAGAACUCUGUCCUCAUCAUCUGCUGAACAUAGUGUUAGAAAUCCAUUGCAUGAUAUCAGUAGCUACCAAACAGAUAGAUUAAUCAAACCAGAAAUCUCUGGGCCCACCACAGUAGCUUGCAUACCGGUCCAGCUAGUACAUAGAAGAUUACUUGAAAAGAUUAGUAGGCCUCCAUUAAAAGCCGCUAGUAAUGCAGCUUUGCUUAGUACUGGUGUGGAGAGAAAUUCUUAGGAUACAUGUACAUUGUUAUAUGGAGAAAAAAUCAUCUUGGAGUGAUGGCACGAUUUAUUGAGGAUUUCUUGUUUCCAAGUGUACGGAAAUCCUAUUCAAUUUGUUGCCUGCAUUUUAAGGAUUAAUAUGCUGUAUAGUUUCCCUAUUCAUCCUGUACAUAUUGGAUAUAAAUAAAAAAUUAUUAUGCUACCGUGGUAAAAAUUUGUCAUCA